GCAAUACUUCGGUUGCAGAGAGCGGGUGCAACGUAGGGAUAACUUCGAAAGAUGUACAUAUCUCCGUCAGGUUUGUCAAUGAGUGAGUCAGGUCGUUAGCGUUUUGGUAAACUGCCCCUUGAAUGCAGAUGGCAAAUCGCUCUUGGUAGUGUGAAUUUCGUCUACUCACUUCUGCUCGUCAAUCAUAGCAAUGCUCUUGCUGCACUCACUUUUCUACAGCUUCGCGACUACCACUUUCAACUGAGUAGUGUCGACACCAUCAAAUACGAACAACAAUCAAGGAAAGAGCGACACAAAAAUCUUACUAUAUUUGCUCUCAACUUCCUCGAUCAUGGACAUCCUCAAUCAAAACAACAAGACAACUAGACAGAGAAGCACGACUCACAGAAAACGUCAAAAUGGGGCCAGGAAAAUCCCGAACACAUUCUCGUACUGAAGACGUUGACAACUCGACCCAAAGCAUUCUCCCUACCCACGAUAUCCAUAAUACAGAACGACCACUUCGAGAGCUGAUCCGUACCACAACAGGAAUUCAACCAGCAGGAGAGAGUGGCAGAAAGGGUAUACACCCAUACUACUUCUUCAGAAUUUGCUGGCGUUCCACCAAUCGAGCCUCUCGCCUUUGCAACAUCCUCUGGCCCGUCGUACCAGCUGCCAUUGCUGUCAAGUAUGCUCGCCACGACCUCCAUCUCGCCAUAUUCAUCCUGAAUUACAUUGCCAUGGUCCCCUGUGCCAAUUUAAUUGGCUUUGCUGGACAGGAGAUGGGUCGAAAGCUGCAUAAGGUGUUUGGAGUCUUGCUGGAAACAACUCUCGGCUCGGUGGUUGAAAUCGUUAUGUUCAUGGUUCUGGUGAAGAACGAUCAGUUUCAGGUCAUUAAAGCUGCCAUUCUUGGCUCGGUCUUGGCCACUCAGUUGCUGUGCUUGGGAUUGUGUUUCUUUGUCGGAGGUAUUCGUCACAACGAGCUGGAAUUUAACGAAGCUGUGGGUGAGGUCGGAAGUGAUCUUCUUUUAACGGCUGGUUUCGGUCUCAUCGUACCUGCUGCUUUCCACACUGCAGUCACUGCAAACAGUUCCAUCACCACUGGAGAUGUCGCCGGCAGAGUUCUCCAUAUCUCACGCAUCACGGCUAUCCUCCUGAUCAUUGCCUAUGCAGUCUAUACCUACUUCCAAAUCCGCACUCAUGAAAGCAUCUACGAUGCAAUCUUCGAGGAAGACGAGAACAAGGACCACGAUGCCCACAAGGGGGAGCAUGUCAAACCAAAGCUGACCUUCACUGAAUGUAUUCUCGCCCUUGUUAUUUCCAUCACACUGGUCACCAUCAUCGCCAUCAGCUUGGUCGAGGAGAUUGAGUUCAUUGUCAGAGACCGGGGUGUGUCUGACAGCUUUGUGGGCCUGAUCCUUGUCCCCCUUGUUGAAAAAUUUGCAGAGCAUCUUACAGCUAUCGACGAAGCUUGGGACAACCAGAUGAACAUGGCUCUUGCCCAUGUUCUCGGUGCAACUGUUCAAACCUCUCUAUUCAAUGGCCCUCUUGUUGUCCUGGUUGGAUGGGGCCUGAACAAGAGUAUGGACUUGAAUUUUGACCUCUUUAACAUCAUCGUCUUGAUCCUGGCAAUCCUUGUGGUUGGAAACUUUCUACGCGAUCAGAAGUCCAACUACCUCGAAGGCUCGCUUUGUGUGAUUGUAUACAUCAACAUUGCUGUUGCUGCGUUCUACUACCCAAAUCCUGACCAAGAAAGUAGCGCCAUCUCGGCCGCUGCUGUUACUGCGAAGAGACUUCUUGGCCUUAGCUGAUCGCACCUCUCUUCGAUAUUCUAUUGUGUAUACGACAGGAACGUAGCCGAGUAUCUCUUCGUGUAAUAUUUUUCUUGGGCGAUGGGAAGAUAAGACGAUCGCACAAGGGUUGUUUGGAAGCUGUUUCACAUCUUAACUAGAUACGCGUGAAGUGUGCUAGUAUUGUUAUCUGUAUUAGCAUUGAAGGAGGUUGAGACGUAUAAGCAUAUUGACUUCACAAGAUGGCAUCCAUAGGCUCCUCCAUAGAUUUAGCAG